UCGAAGAACAGCUGUUUUGCGUAAUUUUGAUCGAGAUUGAGUUUAUUAGCAUAUUACGCGAAAUUGUAAAAAGGGACAUGUUGAAAAACGCAGUUAACCUUUUGUUAAGAAAUACAUCAUGCGUGACUCGACAACAUCCCGUGCGGGGAAUAAAUCUAAUUCCCAUGGUGGUGGAGCAGACGGGCCGAGGAGAGCGCGCAUACGACAUAUUCUCAAGAUUGCUGAAGGAGCGAAUAAUUUGCCUUAUGGGCAACAUUACUGACGACAUCAGCUCCACAGUAGUAGCUCAGCUGCUUUUUUUGCAGUCGGAAAAUGUCAACAAACCGAUACACUUAUACAUCAACUCACCUGGUGGAGUGGUAACUGCUGGUCUGGCCAUUUACGAUACAAUGCAAUAUGUGAAGCCACCAAUAGCAACUUGGUGUGUGGGGCAAGCUUGCUCAAUGGGAUCACUUCUGCUUGCAGCGGGCGCACCAGGCAUGCGGUACUCAUUGCCGAACGCACGUAUUAUGAUACACCAACCAUCGGGAGGUGCGCAGGGUCAAGCUACAGACAUACUCAUACAUGCAGAAGAAAUAAUCAAAAUUAAGCGUCAGCUCACGAGUAUAUACGUAAAACAUGCUAAAAAUAACUAUGAAGAAAUGUGUCAACGGAUGGAGCGAGACCACUUUAUGACACCAGAGGAAGCUAAGAUACUGGGUAUAAUCGACCAUGUUCUUGAGCACCCACCUGAAACAGUUUCAGAGACCGGACCAUCUUCAGACGGUGGCGUAAGAUCGGGGAAAACGUCCUCUCCUGACGAAGACUCUGAAAAAAAACGAUCCAAACAGGCAGUUUAACAACCAUAGCUAUUCAACACAUUUCGGCCUCUAAUUAAAAACAAAAAAAAAUUAAUCGCAAGUACAAGAAAAAACCCAA